UGGCGGCCAUAUUGAAUAUUAUCUGUUGACAGUUGUGUCUCAAGGUAGCUCAAAGAUUUUGUUUUAGCUAACUUAUGCUAGAAGUCUGUUGUGCUUUUUAGUUGAAUUAGGACUUAUGUCCUAAACUUUUUAUGGUUUUAUUUAAACCAAAAGAUGGAUGAAGAUGAACGGCAGAGGAAACUGGAAGCUGGGAGAGCUAAGAAAUCCUCCAAAAUGCCACGAAGCCAGUCGCUUGCUAUCUUCCGACAGAAGCGGGCGAAAAGCGACGGUGCGGGGGCGGCGAAAAAGACGCAGAAGAGGAAGGGCCAGACUGUCUCGCAGAAUGACAGCGCAACGCAAGAACAUCUCGUAGUACCAGCUCUUUCUUCAGCCAGUGACACAGAGCUGAACAACAAGACCAACUAUGAUGAGGAACCCCAGAAGACAGAGAAAUCAGCGGUUCUGCAGAACCAACGACAGAAGGAUCAGCCUCCCACCCUGAAGCAAAGCCCAUCCCCAGUGGAAGAUUUUAGAGAAGAGGAGCUAGUUGCACUCACUGGCAAAGAGCAGCUCAAGCAGUUACAGCAGGCUGUGGAGAAGCGUAAUGAGAUAAUUGCGAGGCUCAGCUCCAACCUGCAGGAGGCCCUGGCCAGCAGAGACCAGGUACAACUGGAGGCACAGUCACUUGCUGGACAGAUUCAGGCACUACAGAGACAACUCCAGCAGACCAGUUUAGAGUUUGUGCGCAUCAAAAGUCAAACAGGGACUGAAGUCCUCAACACUCAACAACAGCAUGGCCAUUGCUCCCAAGAUGCAGACAUCAGUCAUAAGGAGGCACCAUCAGGGAGUGCAGGUCCUGGCACCCAGUCAAGUGUUGAAGACUUCAGCACAGACACUGACAGUGAGACGGACACUAUUCUGCACAAACUGAGGGCUGAGCUGGAAGAAGAAAGGGAGAACAGCCAGCGCAUAUGUGCUGAACUAGUGGAGGAGAUGGAGAAACACCAACAUGUGCUUUCUGUACUGGAGAAGGAGAAGAAAGGCAGGGAAGAAGAGCGAAAAGAAAGGGAGGCACAGCUGCAAGACCUCCAGACCCAGUUAAACUUAGUCCAAACUCAGUGCCUUGAGAUGCAGCAGUACAAAGAGGAGAAGGAGAAGCUGAACAGAGAAGUGCUGGAGCUGAGAAAGAGGCUUCAGGAGGAAGAAGAUGCAGAGAUGAGAUUUAGCGAGGAGGUGGCCAGCUCUGCCCUUCGUCUCCAGAGCCUUGAGGAUGAAAAACGAAGACAGGAGGAGGAGAUGCAGAGGCUAAAAGAGGAGCACAGAGAGGAGGUGGAGAGAGUCAGGCAGCUGUUGGAGGAGAGGGAGAAAGAACUGAAGUUCAGAGAGGAAGAGGUCAUAGGACUCAAAGCUUCUAAGAAUCGGAAGAACCAAGCAAAAGCUGGUUUUAGUUGUGAUGAAAGUUUUAGUAUUGAUGAGGCCAAUCUGGAAAGUGGAUCUGAUCAGGACAGCAUGAAUGUAUCAGUACCUGGGGAUACUCUAAUGGAGCGCUACUUGUCUUCAGCUCCUGUAGCACACUCACAAUCUUCAGUGGUCAAUGAAAGCUUUGAACACUGCCAUCAGCUGGACAUCUCUGCAGAUUACAGUUUUGAGCUGAACAGUGAAGUGUUGGGAGAUGAACCUCUGUUGUCAGUUUCAAACCGUUUCCCCGAAGAAACCGACAGCCUCCACAACAGUUCUAGCCCACACUGCUCCCCUGGCAUCCUUGUGGCUGAUAAUACCAACCCUCACUCUCUAUCUCAGUGGCUUCACAACUCCACUUCCGGCGAGCUGGAGAUGAGUAAACUGUCCAAGCAGCAGUUUGAGGAGACGGACCUGGAAAAAGAGCUGCUGAAUCAGCAGUGUGGGGAGCUCCGUGAGGAGCUGGCUCUCAAGGACAGGGACUUGGAUGUGUUAAGGGAGGAAGUCAUCAAGAGUGCUGAAGAGCUGGAGGAGGCCAGGAGCAGGUGGGCCCAAGUAACAGAAGAGCUCAGGCAGGCUCUAUGUGAACUUGAAGAGGAGAAGGAGAAGAGGAGACAUGUUGAGGAGGAUAUGAACUUGAAAGCCCAUGAACAAGACAACCUGAAGAACAAACUCAGUGCCAUAAUGGAAGAAAGAGAAAAGGAGAAUGCUGUAAUGUUGAUGGGAAAGGAAGGUGCUGAAACCUCCCCGCUGGUUCCAGCAACCUCUCCAUCAGAGGAGGAAGAUAAACUGGUAGGGGAGCUAAAAAAUGAGCAGGAGAAGGAGGCUGCACUCCUGUCUCAUCAAAAACAGCAGGAGCUGCUGGUAUUGUCUCUGCGGGAGAUAAAGCAGGCUUCAAACUCUGCCAGACAAAGCCCAGAGCUCAGAGAUGACAACCAGCUGCAAACACUACAGGCUCAUUGUGAACGUCUCAUGUUGGAGCUAGAGGAGACAAAAACAAUGCAUAAAAGCAGAGCAGCCCUACUAGGUCAAAGGACAAUGGAGCUGGAUGAAACAUUAAAGGAUCUUGAAGCUACUCGUGCACAGGUUCUAAAUGGUCAAACAGAGGUGGAGAGAUUGCAGAAAGAGCUGGAGAACAGACAGGGCUGUCUUGACAGUGCUGAAAGAGAGAAGAGUGAACUGGAGUCUCAAAUCCUCUGUUUGAGACAAAACCUGGCCAACCUGGAGGAGGCCCAAGCUCAGGCAGUGCAGGAGAGGGAGGAGCACAUGAGAAAAGAAAAGGAGAUGGAUGAACAGAUUAUAAAAAUGGAACAAGUCUUGGAGGAGGAACUGGAACAGUUUGAGAACCUGCUAAAAGCCAAGGAUAUUGAGUUGGCUGAAGAGAGGGAGAAAUGGGAGGAAGAGAGACAGGAGAAGGAGAAAGAGCUCCUUGAUGUGAGGCAUCACCUGGAGGAGCAGAGGAGGGAGAGGGAGGAGGAGGUGAAGGCUCUCCUGGAGAAGCAGGUUGUGGCUGUUGAGGAGGCUACAGAAAGGCUCAAGACAUCUCACAAACAGGAGAUAAAAGCCCUGAUGGAGAAACAUCAACAAGAGAUUUCUGAUUUGAACACUCACCUGGAGUCAGAACUGCUGAAGAGACAGGCCAUUAUGGAGGAAGAACAGAAGAGACAGAUCAGCCUAAUCAAACAGGUGACUGAGCGUGAGCAUGAGAGGAUGGUUUCAGAGCUGACUGCCAAACACAAUGAGGAGCUUAGUCAAUUGAGGACAGAGCUGUCCUUGGAGCUGAGGGAGAGCAUGGAGGCUGCCCACCAGGCUGAACUGCAGCAGGCACAGGUCCAAAAGACUGUAGAGCUUGAAGCCUUGCGUCUGAGCCUGACCAAUGUCCACAUGUCCCAGCUGGAGCACUACCAGGUAAACUUGCAGCAGGAGCAGGAAUCAGCUCUCACCAAGGUCAAGGCAUCUCUGAGGGAGACAUUUUCCCAGGAAAGUGCCCUCCUGCUGACCCAGCAUCAGUUAGAACUGGACCAGAUCAGACAGCAGAACCUGGAGCAGCAGGAGAGACUGCAUGAACUGCACCAACAAGAUAUAAAUGAGUUGAAGCAGCAGUGGGAGAUGUCUGUUGCUCAGGAGAGAGCUGCCAUGGAGGAAAAGCAGGCCAAAGAGAUACAGGCUCUAAGGUCACAGUGGGAUAUGGACACUGAGAGCACCAAGUCAAUCCUCCAAACAUCUCUCUCAGAGACCCAGAACAGCCUUACUGCCACCCAGACAGAACUCGCCAGUACCCAGGCCUCCCUCACCCAGACCAAUAAAGCUCUAACUGAAGCCCAGGCAGCUCUGUCCCAGACCCAGUCAGAGCUGCUGGAGUUGGGAGCCAGGCUGGAGAACCUCCAGACCUCCAGUAAGGAGCAGAACCAGAAACUAGAGGAGGAGCUGAAACAAGCCUGGUCUGACAGAGAUGCUGCUGCUCGUGCUCUCGAGGAGUUGGUUUCUAGUCAUAAAGCAGUGCUGCAGGAGAAAGAGCAGCAAGCACUCCACCUAGAGGAGAAGGAACUGCAACUGCAGCAAGAAGUUUUGCGCCUACAGGAGGAGAAGACUUUGCUAAAACAGAGCUCAGAACAAGAAGUAGGUCAGUUGUGGACUCAGCUGGAGAGCAUGAGGACUAGUCGCCAAGAGUUGGGAGAGCUGAAGGAGCAGCUGCUCGCUCGCUCAUCUCGUGUGGAUGACAUUGAGCGCCUAAAGACAGAGUUUAAUGAACAAAAACAGGAAAUCAAAGAGCAGAAUGAGGCUGAGCUUGAAAGCCUGAGGAGGUAUUUUGAGCAGCGAUUGCGGGUAACAGAGGAAAACUACAGAGAGGAAAUUACUCUGCUCCAGCUGAGACUGGUGGAAGGUGCCUUGGAGGAGUCUGUGCUUAAAACCACAGAUGACAGUUUCAUAUCUCAAGGCCAAGCUGAAGAGGAAAAAGAUCAUGUGCUUUCUGAUACUGGCCUCAAACUGGAGAAACACAAGGUGCACUCAGACCUCACUGACCACUACUAUGAAGAGCUGCAGGAGAUGAAGUCUCAGCAUGCCCUGGACCUGGAGCAACUCAGAGCCAAACUUUCUGAACGUCACUUACAAGAGCUUGCCAGAGUUCGUUUGGAGGCUGCAAGGCAGGUUGAGGUGGAAGUGGAACAGGAGAUGUGGUGUCACACUGAGGAGCUGCAGACAAGGAUGACCAUUAUCCACACCUUGGAGAACAGACUGGCUACCUUGAGUAAACAACAUGAUGCAGAAAUGCAAAGGAACAAACAAAAGUUGAAGCAGGAGUUUGCUCGGGAGCACGUUCAUCUUGAGGAAGCUCUGAAACAGGAGAGGGAGCGUGUGCAAGGGGAGAUGAAGAGGCUGAGAGAAGAGCUCCAAGAGAAGCAUGAAGCUGAGCUUUCUGCCCUGAGGUCAGACCUUGACAGAGAGAUGGAGAAGGAGAGGACACGCCUUGAAAAAGCACUUCACGAGGAAGAGGAGAAGUUAAAGUCUCUACAGGCUGCACUGGACAACGAUGAGAGCCCACAGGUCCUAAAAGUGAGGCAGAGACUGGAGGCCGAGUAUGACAGUGAGCUGCACAGGGCAAAGAGCUGCAUGGCAAAAGAAAUCAAGGAGCUCACUGCGCUCCAGGCACAGGGUGAGGAGCGGCUACGCCAAGCCCAAGAGAGCUUCCAAGAGGAAAAAGCAGUGUUGGAUCAGAAUUUGGCCCAAAAAUAUGAAAUCUCUCUGGCAGAGCUAAAGAACAAACAUCAAACUGAGCUGGAACAUGAGAGAGCAACACUACUGAACAAACACUCCCAGGAGAUGGACACACUUGAAGCCAAACACAAAGCACAACUAGAUUCUCUCAGUGCCCGUCACAGAGAUCUGCUUGCAGCUAUGGCCGUUGAGUUUGAAUCCAAACACAAUGCCGAGCUUGUUGCCUUGGAAGCAGCCCUCAAUUCCAAACGAAAGGCAGACCUUGAAUGUCUAGAGGCCCUCUUUCAGGAGACCAACCAGGCUCAGCUGGAGGCUUUAGAGGCUGAGUUAGCUCGCAAACACCAGGAAGAGAGGGAUGAACUGGAAAAGAGGAUGCUGGGUAAUAUGGACACUUUGGAGGCCACAUACCUGAAGGAAGUGCAAUCACUGCGUGAUGAAAGGGUGCACCUUGAAGAGAGACAUCGUCAAGACCUGAAUCGCCAGAAGUCAGAACAUAGGCAGAUGAUGGAGUGCCAUGCUGCAGAGCAGCUGUCCAUCAGGGAGGAGCUGAGGAAAGAGCUGGCUCAGGUGCACAUAGAGAAGUUUAGUGCCAUGGCAGCAGAGCUCAGCCACGUUCACAAGACUGAGCUGGCUGCUCAAAAAGAGGCCUUAGAUACUGAACACUGCAAAGCCCUGGAGACCCUUAAAAAGCAGGUUUUAGAACUAGAGCAACAACACGGCACUGCUCUUCAGGAGCUCUCGCAUACCUACACUGAUGAGAAGGAGCAACUCAGCGAACAGCACCAACUCCAGCUACAGGAGUUGAGGGGUGUCUCUGCGCGAGAAUUGGAAGCAUGUCGCAGGGAGCUUGAAGAGGAGUCAUCAAGGCAACGUCAGCACUUCCUAGAAGAGGUGGAGCUCCUCAAAGUCCAAUCAGAGGAGAGACUGCAGGACAGGAUUAAUCAACUGAAGACGGAGUUUGAAGAGCAGAAGCAGGCUGAGUUUGAGGACCUGAGGCGGAGCUACACAUCUGAACAGGAGGAGAAGGAGCGGAGCUACACAGGCAAAAUGAGCCAGCUCACUGCCCAACUGCAGCAGCUAGAUGCUGUGGUGACCCAGCUGCGAGCAGAGGUUGGCUGUCUGCAGGGAGAGUUAGAAGGGAAGCGUGCAGAGAUGGAAACUUUGGACACUCUCCUCCAACGAAGGGAGCGAGAGAGUCAGGAGGGAGGCAACCUUCUAAAGAUGCUCACUGAUGACUUACAGACUGCUAAAGAGGAAAGACGUAAACUGCAGCAUGCCAAUGAAAUGCUGAGGAAGGUGCUGAUUGAGAUGGUUCGCAGCACCAUUGCAACAGAAGAGCUGAUUGGACAGAAGAUCACUGCCAGAGCCAAAACAUCUGAGCAGGCAACCCAUCAGAGGAGCCCAACAGGGAACAAAGUUGCACAAGAAUCAGGUAUUUCAGUUGCAGACUUGUCUUCAGAUGACCUGGAGCUGACCCAGCUGCUCUGUGAGAGCCUGCUGGUUUCAGAUACUCAGAUCAAUCCUGGGGGUGAAGAAGCAGCUCUGAAUGCCUGCAGCAGACUGCGUCACACUGUUGACACACUACUGGAGCUGCUCAACCAGGCCAACACACAGCUGGAGCAAACUCAUGGUGUCCACCUUUCUCUGGAGGAAAAGUUCUCUCAGGGCAGAGAAGACUCCGCUCAACUCCUUGAGCAGCACAAGCUCCUGUUGGAGCAGCUCGAUCAGGAGGCGAAGCUGAAGAGUCACCUCCAGCUGGAACUCCACAAGGCAGAGGGGCUUCUGGAUGGUUUUGUGGCUGAGAAAGCAGUCCUAGAGGAGUCUCUGCAGCAGAAGGAGGUGCAGGAGGAGAGACUAGUGGAGGAGCUGGAGGACCUGAAGGUGAAGCUGCACCAGAUGCAGGGUCUCACUGCAGAGCUGGACGGCCUCAGAAUGAAGCAUCAGGAGCUCAGUGAGGAGCACACACUUCUCCUGCGCCAGAAGGAGCAUCUCUCCGCUGAUCUUGGGGAGAGGGAGAAAGCUCUACUGGCAGAGACGGAGCGUUUGGCCCAGGAUAGGCUAGACUUGCAGCGGCAGGCAGAGAAGGACCACAGCUCUCUGUCGCUGCGCCUCAGGGCCCUGGAGAGAGAGCUGGACGAGCAGGAAACAAAAGGCUUGGAGUCAGAGCAGCACCACAAGACCCACACUGAAGACCUCAACCAGCGUGUCCAAGCACUCGAGAAACAGCUGAAACAUGACCGGCAGUUUAUAGAGGAGCAGGCUGUGGAGCGUGAACAUGAGAGAGACGAGUUCCAGCAGGAGAUCCGAAGGCUGGAGGCCCAACUCAGACACACAGCCUGUGUGGAUAACAAAGGACACAGGUUUGAGGACUUGGUUCUGCAGGUGGAGAGUCUACAAGCUAUCAUCAAAGACAAGACAGAGGACCAUGCCUCCUUGCUUACAGCUAAUCAGCAAGCACAGCGCGAUCUUGCAGAACGCAACGAGGAGAUAGACAAGCUAGCUGGGCGAAUCAGAGAGCUAGAGCAAGCACUGCUGAACAGUGCUGAGAGUAAUAGAUCUAUGAGUCAACUGGAACAAGAGCUCCACAGAGCAAAGUCAAGAGAACAGGAGCUCACACAAGAUAAACAGGCACUGGAGCAACAGCAGUUGUCCAACAGGCUUCAGAUCUCCGCCCUGCAGUCCAAACUGGAUGAGACUAGACACUGUUACCAUGACAACACACGUGAUCCCACCCAGGAACUUAGGGAUGCUCUGGACGCUGCUCAGCAGAGCCUACAGAGCAAAGAGCAAGAGGUCGAGGUUCUGCUUGGCCAACUGGAGAAUGUGCAGAGGGACUUGAGCAUCAAAGAGGUUGAACUAAAACACCUCACCCUACAGCUGGAGCUGCUGACCAAUCAGAAUGCAGGUCACGUUAACGAGCUCCAAGAACAGAUUGCUGCCCUAAAGGAGAAUGUGUCUGCUCUCACCAUACUCAAGGAGGAGAGAGAGGAACAAAGAGAGGUGGGGGAUACAGAGGAAGAGAUGCUCCCCUCAGCAUUACUCCAGGAGAAAAAUCAGGAGAUCGACCACCUCAACAAUGAGAUCCAAAGACUGGAACAGGAGUUGGAGAACGUGGGGGACAACAAGGUUUUGGAGGCUGAGCUUGAGGAUCUGCGCUCACAGGUGGAACACCUUCAGUCUGAAGUCACAAGAGUGCGUGAGGACAAACAGGAGGAAGAGGAGCGCCUUCAUGAGGUCAUCAGCACAUUGCAGGCAGAACUCGCCACAUUAGGCCCCAACCUGCAUGAAGUCAGUGAUUCUCAAGAUGGCGACAGCAUCAAUCCCUCGCCCGCUCCCAGCCCUGAACCUCACCACUAUACCAUCCAGGAACAAGAGAGGAGGGGAGGGCCGAACAGCUUGAAGCAAGAGCUCAGUCUGACUCAUUCUGCCUCAUCUCGUUCCCUUCGAUCUCGUCUCCAGGCCCUUCAGAUCCAGCUGGAGACUGCUGUGGCAGAGAAAGAGGGACUGGAGCGAUUACUACUCACUCAGGAGGAUGAGUAUAGAGGACACGGGGAGGAGUUCGGAAAGAGGCUGAAAGCUGAGAGGGAGAGGGCAGAUGAACUCCAAGGUCUUCUCACCGUCAGAGAAGGUGAGCUGGAGGAAAUCAAAGCCCAGAUAGAAGAUGAGAGGGAGAAGAGGAAACUAUCUGAAGAGGAGAGGGAUAGUUGCAAAAUUCAAGCUCAAGAGAUGAGCGCCCUGCAUGAGAAGAACGCCCACCUCAGCUCUCUGAUUAUGGAACUCCAAAAGAAAGAACAGGAGAACGUGAGCGAGAUUGAGAAUCUAAAAAUAAAGGAGCAGGAGAUGAAAGUAGAAAUGGAAGUCCUCAGAGAAACUAGUCUCACUCUUGAGAGACAAGUCCAGGAGGUAAGAGCCAAGGUGGUAAACAUGGAGGAACUGGUUGCUGAGGAAAGGACAAAGAUUAAAACCCUUAAGACUGUGAAGGGAGAGCUUUCUGCUGAACGUGAGGCACUGAGGAGGAGGGAAGGGAAACUCCAGGAGGAAAUUGAAAGGCUCAGGCAGGAAGUUACUUCAAUGAGAGCUUGUAUCCAGGACCUGACAGUUCAGCUCAAUGAGAAGGAAACCAGUCAAGAAGAGGCUCAAAAGGAAGUGCUGACCCAUGCAGAGGUGACCCUGGCUAAAGCAGAUGCUGCCUUGAGACAGAGGGAGGCUGAGCUCUCCAGACUGAGGGCAGAAUAUCAGGCUCUGAGGGCGGAGCUGACUGCGGUGAAACAGGGUCUGAGUACCAGUACAGAAAGGGUGGAGAAACUACAUAAGGAAGGACAGGUGACUAAAGACCGUGCUCUAGUCGACCUGGAGACUGAUAACCAGCUGCUGAAGGCGAAGCUUCAGGGUCUACAAGAAGACCUGGUUGUACAGGAAGAGGAACUGGCCUAUCAGCAAAGAGAACUACAGCAACUCAGACAACACUGUCACCAGCAGGACACACUUCCUCACCAACAAGGACAACCACAAAAGGAUAUUUCUCACAGAGCUUUUGAGGACAUUGUGAGUGUCUCUCGUGAUGAAGCCUCUCUGAGCUCUCCAGAGGUUUUGAGGAGACUCGAAUGCUCGGAAGACAGAAUCCAAGAACGGUUCCACGCCUCUGUUGUCUGCUCACGUCUAUCGGAGUUCAGCGCUCUGAACAGCACAGGCCUUGAUCUCCCCCAAGUAAAGACCUCUCCCAGGGUUGUGAUGGAGCCUCCACACUCCAGGACCAUCACACCAGAUCCAGCCACACAGAGCACCCACUCCCCAGGGUCCGUGUCGGUGUCUGACAACUUCUCCAUGCUCGACUCACUGGACACUGACAGAGUGCGUGAGUUGGAAGGACUUGACCUAACAGCACCUCCAUCUCCUCUUGGCUCCACCUCCUCCUUGUCUGCACCAGAAUGGGCCAGUGAUGGAUAUGGCAGCAAUGUGAGUUCAGAAUUGGGUGCAAGGCUGAGAUUGGAGCUGGAACAGACUGAAAGGCUGGAUGCUCAGUUUGUUGAGUAUCUCCGCUGCCGAGGAAUAAACCCCACAGUUAACACAGAUAGUGCUGCUGGCAGUAUGAGCUACAGUGAUGACCUGUUGUCACCUGAGCUUCAGGGUCUGUUGAAGAAAGUGUAUCAAGAAAGCUGCCGAAUUCUCACUUUGUCCCAACGUCGUGCCACUUCCUCAACUCAACCUCAUCUUUCAGGCGUAAAAGCCUUCUCAUUGAGUCAGACACAGCAUCAUUGUCAAGAUAGCUCCACCCUACUGGCCCAUCAGGACAAAUCAUCCUCCAACCCGCCCAUGAGCUGGCAGCAGGAGAAGAGGGCACUGCAGGAGACUGUGAUUGCUCUCCGAGAGCUGCUCUGUCGUAUGGCCCAGAGACAAACACAAACUGACUACAGAGGUGAUGAUGACUGGUACAGUGAUCAGCUCCGGACUGAUGGACGGGUUGAAUCCCAACUGAGGGCAGAGCUGGAGGAGAGCCAGAAACAACUGAAAUGUGCUCAUGACACUCAGCAAGAGCAAAAGAUCAAAAUGCAGUCACUCAGGUUGGCUGUAGAAGAGGGUGAGGAAGCUUUGAGAAGAGAGCAGACCAAAGUCCAGGAGCUUCAACAACAACUGGAGCAGGAGAGAGCUCUGAGUCUCCGCAAAGACCGAGAAGAGGAGGAAAGGAGAGGGGCUGUGCAAGUAUCCUCUGAGCAGCAGAGGUCAGAGGUCAUGGCUCUGAAGGGUCAGGUGGAGCAGGAGAGGGUGGCCUGCAGCAACGUCAGACGGGAGCUUCAGAUUGAACAGUCCCGCAGUGUGCUGCUGGAGAAACGCCUAGACGAAACCCAGAAGGAGUUAGAAGAUGAACGCCAACUUUCUGCUCACCAACAAGAGCUCAGCUUGCAAGAAAAAACUCGUCUUGAGCGCCUUCUGACUGAAGCAGAAUCUCGCUCAGCAGAAAUUCACUCUAAGCUCACAGAUGCUCACAGGAAGCUGGAUGAAGAAAGAGACCGUUGCUCCAGGCAGGUGGAUGAACUCACGAGCAGACACGAGGUGGAUGCAGCCAGAGACCGGAAGUUCAUCUCUGACAUGCGCGCCCAGCUAGAGCAGGAGCGAAGGCAGGCGGAGGAGCUGGCAGCUGUGAUGGACAAAGUCAGAGCGGAGCUAAUGCAGAGCAGAAGGAAAUGGGAAGAGGAGGACAGAACAAGGAGGGAGGAGCUACAGAGGGAGCAGGAGGCUGCCACCCGAAAUCGCGUAGCUAUGGAGACUUUGACGGAGCAGAAACGGGAAAUCAGCCGCGCUUUAGAGGUGGAGCAAGGGCUGUCCAGACGCCAAGGGGUGGAACUGGCUGAGCUGAAGGAGAGACUGCGACUACUGAAGGACAAGGAGAGGGAGAGGGAGGAGCAGUGGGAGAGAGAGAGGAGGAAGGGGAGGCAAGAACAGAUGGAGAGGGAGAGACGACAGGAGAGGACCAAUAACAAACUGUGUGAGUUGGAGUUGUUGAGGCAACAGGACCAGCAGCGCAUGCAGGAGCUGCAGCGCACUCUGGCAGAGCUGGAAAGAGAGGAGAGAGAGAUGGCUGCUCAGAGGCUGUCCGGGCGAACCACAGAGCAGCAACACGAGGCUGCAUCUUCACAGCAGCUCCAGAGUAAAUUCCAGGCAGAUGGCACACAACAAAACCAGCAGAUGCCGUCAUCACUCAGUCUGUUGGAAAGGCUGUUGAAGGAGAACUCCGAGCUGACAGAGCAAGUGACAUCACUGAGUCAGGAGAGAGCCACCCUCAAACAUAGACUCGCCUGCCUGGAGCGACAGCUGCGGCGCAUGGAGAAUGAGCUCGCCAAGGUCACCACAGAAACUGAAAACAGACCCAUCAAUGAUGUGACCAGCAACAGCAAGGUGCAGCGUCUGUAUGAGCGCUACCUGCGUGCUGAGAGCUUCAGGAAAGCUCUGGUGUACCAAAAACGUUACCUGCUGCUGCUGCUGGGAGGUUUCCAGGAGUGUGAGCAGGCCACACUGUGUCUCAUCGCCCAUAUGGGGGCACGGCCGUCACCCCCACCCUCCUCCCAGCGCAGACCCCUCGGACGAUUUAGGGCUGCUGUACGAGUUGUCAUUGCUGUCUCACGAAUGAAGUUCCUGACCAGAAAAUGGCAUAGAGCGAUCAGAAGAUUAUCUGUAUCUGGGACUGUCAAUUGGCAUGCUCCAGGGCCUAAAGCUGAAGUUUUAAGGCAACAGCCGAGGUUAAAUUAUGACUCCCCACCAAACAGAGACAGUGCCGUCCACAGAGACACUGUGUCCGCUCUUGUUCCACCCACCAAAUCACCCUUCAGGUUGCAUAACAGGUCACACUCCAGCAACAGUCUGGCCUCGGGGCAUUCAGGAAGAACGUCUCAGGAUCCAGAGCGAUCCCUAACAGAUUAUAUCCACCAUCUAGAGAAAGUCCAGCAACGGUUGGUGGGAGCCAAGCAAGUAAGCAAGACUCAUUUAGCCCUGCCCCCUAAAGAGGAAAGGAGGAUACAGUCAGCCUGUUCCCCUGAUAUGAUUGGUUAUCGGCAGCGCUGGCUGCAGGAGAAUAGGACGUGGCUGUACCUGAGCUGUUUGUCACCCCUUUACCUGAAUGGUCCAGGUUCGUCCGUUCUCCAGCCCGACCCGAAGUUGUUCGACCACUGAAAGAAUGGAUGCCUGCAUAUCGUUCCAAAACUGUCCAUGCCUUAUAUACCCAUGUAGAAAGGAAUAUCACACGUGUUGAAUUAUUUAAUGACAUGUGAUUUUUAUGAGCACAUAAAUUAUUUUCUAAUAUUUUCUAUUGUAAUUUUGCCCCAUCUCUGUAUUUUGAAGGUCACUCUUGAGAUAUUGCAAGAACAAAUGUUUUUGAUGAUUUUAAAAAGUGCUGUUCGUUAUUUUUCUAAUAUUUUUACUUUUUGUGCUACUGUAUGUAAAUAGGACGAAUGUUCAUUGUACAUGUGUCCAAAUUUGCACUGGUUUUAUACUGGAAAUCCAUGAUCAACAGAGCUAGUGAGUUCAUUAUUGCAUAAAGGUGAACCAUGUGUUUUUUUGUAUUAUCUAUGUUUUUACCAUAAAGUUGAUAAAUAUUUUAAAUGUGUGCUUACAAACCAAA